UCCCAAUAUAACUCACAGCAAAGCAGUGCCUGCCCAACCAGGGUUUAGGCUGUCAACCCUUAGACUGUGUGAGUAUGUGUCUGUGUGUAUGUGAGUUGGUGGGAGCACUCGACAGGAUCAAGUGAAUAUGCGGCAUUGAGAAAAGACUGAGGGCCAGUGUGUGGACGUUGGCUUUGCUAAUUUGCUAGUUCCUCUCGCUUUUCUCACCCUUUUCCCCUGCUCUCUUGCUAUCCCCUUUCCCCUCUCUCUCCUUAUCGCUCUAUCCCUCCACUCCUCCCUCUCUCUCUCUCUCUCUCUCUACUGUGGUUGAGUGUGAAAGUGUGUGUGGGGCACCAUGAUGCAUGGAAUGGACCAUGAAGAGGUGGACAUUGACCUGGGGGAUAUGGACGAGCCACAGCAGACACAACCACAGCAGCUGCAGCAGCUGAGCUGGAAGAUGCCUCUGGAGACAGUCCUGGAGGAGGAAGAGGACGAGGAGGAAGAUGAAAUCUCCACCCAGAGUGACACCAGGCCCCUGAUCAAUGAGAGGGACCCACGGCAGAUGAAUGAGUGCCUAAAGGUAACCUUCGAAGACGUGAUCGCCGAACCUGAAUCUGUUCGUAGCGGAGACCGUAUUUGGAUCUGUAGCAAUGCCUUGUUCGAGGUGUCCAGAGUGUGGUUUUACCGGAUCGUAACUGUGUUGCUGGCCGUGCCAGUCUCACUCAUCGCCGGCAUGCUGUUCGGAGUCCUCAGCUGCUUCCACAUCUGGCUUCUGACUCCAUGCGUGAAGAUAACCCUUCUGAAUACAGGCUGGCUGCAGACACUGUGGAGCAGCAUGCUGGACACCUUCGUCCUCCCGUUCUUCCAGAGCGCUGCUGGGUGCUUCAAUAGCAUAAGUGUCCGCCAGGGGCAGCAGUGACAUGGUGGACUAUGGACUAUGGAGUCCACCAUUCAGAGACGAAUGUGUGUUUGCAUUUUCCAAUCGAGAGAGACAUAUGGUGGGAAUACACCUACCAGUGAGAAGACACGUCGUUUCCUAUUUUCACCUUAGAGGUGGAAAGGAAGUUGAUGAAUGGACAUUCAAUAUUUUUUUUUAAAGACGCUGGGAAGGAAGACAUGCAAAUUUAUAUUUGUAAUCUGUCUGUGAACGAGAUUUUGCACCCACUCUCCCCAUGCUCUGCUUGUGGAUGUGGGACUGAAUAAUGACUAUGGCAUUAUGGGAUGUGUUGACUGUGUGGGACUGAAUAAUGACUCUGGCGUUAUGGGAUGUGUUGACUGUGUGCCUAAAGCUUAAUCUUUUCUGACUGGUGGCUGUGCUGAUUGGCAUUUCUUUUUAAUUCCCUUUUACCACUGGCUUCUUUUAUUUACAUUUUCUUAUUGGUUCAUUCAGACAGGCGAUGUUGUCUUAUUACAGGGCGUCCAAUUUUGUUUCAAGCCUCCUUUCUUAUGGGUUAUGUUAGAUAUCAGAAAAGGUAAAGCCAGCUACCUGAAUAAAAGCUAACUCCAAAAUGUC